AUGCCUGCCAGCCUGAAAGACAUGGUUGAAUUGGAAGGAUACGAUAGCACCGUAGGCAUGAGCACACAUGGGAAGCCCCUUGCACAUGAUGGAAGUAUUGUCAGAAUACUCAAAGACGCCGGGGCUGUUUCGUAUGCCAAGACCAACGUCCCCAUCACACUCCUUCGUUUCGAGUCAUCUAAUGGCAUAUGGGGCGAGACAUCGAAUCCAUACAACAAAAGCUACACUGCCGUUGGUUCAACAGAAGGUGAAGAUGUCUUGCUGGCAUUGGGAGGCCGAGUUGGAAUUGGAAGUGAUGUUGCUGGAAGUGUUCGCUGCCCAGCUCACUUCUCUGGCUGCUAUGCACUUAAAUGCUCAACUGGAAGAUGGCUUAAGACAGGAGUUGUAACAAGUAUGCCAGGGCAGGAUGGUGUUCCUGCAGUGUACAGUCCCAUGGCGCGUACACUCAACGACCUGUCUCAUUUCACUCGAUCGAUCAUCUAG